UCUACUACGAGGAUACAAACGCAACGACUGAACCCUGAGCCAUGGAAGAAGGAGCGGCUCUCCUUGCGGCUCUUGUACGAUGGGCCACAUUUCGAUGAAGUGACACCCGAAGUCAUGACUGAUAGCCUGGUUACAGAGAAUGAAGUGGAAUAA